AUGUCCAAAGCAGCUCCCGCCAAAAAACCAGCGGCUGCGGCCCCGCCUCCGGGAUGUACCCUGGAUAUCAACGACCCCCAGGUCCAGAAAGCAGCCAUUCGCAUCCAGGCCUCUUACCGGGGCCACAGGUCCCGGAAGGAGCUUCGCGAGAAGGGGCCACCGCGAGUGCUGGAGCCCCUGAAGGACGUGGUGCUGAUCGAGGGCAGCGCGGCCAAGUUGACUUGCCGCAUUUCGGCUUUCCCGGACCCAUUCAUCCGCUGGAGCAAGGACGGCAAGGAGCUGCGUGACGGGCCCAAGUAUCGUUACGUCUUCGAGGACCCUGACGUGGUCGCCCUGGUGGUGCGCGACGGCGAGCUGGCAGACCUGGGCCAGUACAGCAUCAACGUAACCAACCCCUUCGGCCAGUGCUCUGACUCGGCGCGCAUCCUGGUGGAAGUCCCUGCGAAGAUUCAAAAGGGACCGGAUAACACUAAGGCGCGCAAAGGCGCCACGGUGACGCUGACUGCGGAGAUCAUGGGCGAGCCUGCACCCGACGUGGGCUGGACCAAGGACGGGGAGGACAUCGAGGAGGAUGACAGGGUGUUCUUCGAGAUCGGCAGUACCACCACGACGCUGACCAUCCGCCGGGCCACGCCCGAGGACAGCGGCAAGUACGAGGUGUACGUGGAGAACAGCCUGGGCAUGGACCAGAGCUUCGCUCGAGUGGACGUGGCCUGAAAGGAACGCUCGGACCUUUCACCCUGGCUCCAAGCCCCGGGGUGGGUGGGACCGACAACCCUCCUCCAUCUUGCUUAAUAAAGCUGCUCUCUCU